AUGGCUUGGAAAGUUCUGUACCUAGUACUGACUUGUGUUCCUUUUGCUUAUUAUUUUUCUACACCCUUGCCAGACAACAUUGAAGAACCCUGGAAAGUAAGAAUUGUGGAUGCUUCUUUGAAAAUUACUUCUUUUGUGGCUCUGUUACUUGAAAAUCUAGGACUUAUGAGAUAUGAUGAAUUGUUUUCUAUGCUAUUGGACAUGGAAUAUACACAACCAAUUUCAGAUGAAAACAUCACAGUGAUUGAUACAACACUUAGUGGCAUCCCAGUACGUUUGAAUUUGCCAAAGAGGAAGUCAGAAAAAAAGAGACCAGCUGUUAUUUUCAUUCAUGGUGGUGCCUUUGUUUUGGGAAGUUCUAAGCACAAGGCAUAUGACUUCCUGAACAGAUGGACGGCAAACAAACUUAAUGCUGUGGUUGUGGGAGUGGACUACAGACUAGCUCCUCAAUAUCGAUUCCCUGCUGCUUUAGAAGAUGUCCUUACUGCAGUCAAUUUCUUUUUACAAGAUACAAUUCUUGCGAAAUAUGGAGUGGAUCCUACCCGCAUUUGUAUUGCAGGAGACAGUUGUGGGGGUUUGCUGGCAACAAAAGUGACUCAAAUGAUAAAGAAUAAUCCAGAACUCAAAAAUAAGAUUAAAGUACAAGCUUUAAUAUAUCCUUACUUACAGACAGUUGAUUUCCACACACCAUCUCACAAAGAAUAUCAAUCUGGUCCAUUUUUGACAAGAGAUAUUAUAACUAAUCUUGGAUGUCUAUAUGUGACCAUGGAUAAAUUAUGCCGCAAAUUACUUAAACAAAACAAACAUAUGCCUCAAGGAUCAAGACAUCUCUUCAAGUUGGUUAACUGGAGUGUCUUCCUUCCUGAAGAUUUUAAAAAGAACCAUGUUUACACAGAACCAACUCUGCGACAGGACUCCACAUAUCCAGAACUUAUGGAUAGUAGGUUAUCACCCUUGUUGGUCAAUGAUACCCAAUUACAAAAUUUGCCAUUAACCUAUAUCCUUACCUGCCAACAUGAUAUUCUUAGAGAUGAUGGACUGAUGUAUGUCACACGACUUCGCAACGCUGGAGUUGAAGUUGCUCAUGAUCAUAUAGAGGAUGGAAUCCAUGCAGCACUAUCAUUCAUCACAUCACCAUAUUAUUUACAUCUAGGAUUUAGAGUAAGGGAUAAGUACAUUCAUUGGCUAGAUCAGAACCUAUAA